AUGAAGGCCAUCCGAAUUCACCAAACAGGAGACCUUUCUGUCAUUCAAUGCGACAAUGUCUCUGCUCCCAAAGAGAUUGGACCUGAAGAUGUCCUAAUUAAGCCGGAAAUCGCAGGUGUCAAUUGCAUUGAUACAUACUUCCGUUCGGGUCAUUUUCACGUUCAACUCCCAUUCACGCUGGGCCAGGAAUGCGGUGGAAAGGUGGCCCGCAUCGGCGAAAGCGUAAAAGAUAUUCAACCAGGCGAUUAUGUCGUUGCAUUAGCAGGAUCUUCCUUCGCCGAGCGUGUCGUCGCUCCGCGCUCCAAGGUCACCAAAUUGCCCAAAGAGCUGGAUACGCGCACGGCCGUUGCCGCCUGGCUCCAAGGUCUGACAGCCGUGACUCUCACGCACGCCGCAUACCAGAUCAAGCGUGGAGACUAUGUUCUGGUACAUGCAGCGGCUGGCGGCACCGGAUUGAUGCUUGUUCAGGUGGCUAAGGCGCUUGGUGCGCAUGUGAUCGGAACCACAUCGACGACCGAGAAGGCUGAGCGUGCCAAAACGCUGGGCGCUGAGCAUGUAUUGUUGUACAAAGACGAUAUCGUUGGUCGCGUGAAUGAGUUGACAAGUGGCAAAGGUGUAAACGUUGUAUAUGACUCGGUGGGCAAGUCGACUUUAGACCAGAGCCUCGAGGUGCUGGCUCAGCAUGGAUCACUGAUUCUAUUUGGGGAGUCGAGUGGCGCGCCUGAUCCCCUGCCAGUGCACCUUUUAAGGCCAAAAAAUAUCAAGUUUAUGUGCUUUGCGCUCUAUGGCUACCUCAAUACACAGGAAGAAUACGAGCAUUUCAGUGGCAUUCUAUUAGACUUGCUGGUCAGCGACAAGGUCCACGCCAAUGUGUGGCGCGAGUACUUGCUCAGCGCCGAAGGCGUCCAGCAAGCCCAACAAGAGCUCAUGAGCCGUACUACUACAGGCAAGCUGCUGAUCCGCAUUCCACCCAGUCCCGAUGAGGCCUAG